UGGCAUGUUUUUCAGCCACAAAACCCCUCUUUCUUGCCCAUACGUGAAGAUUAAAAAAUUUGAAUUAUUAUUGUGAUAAUUUUGUCAGGACCCAGAAAUUCAGAAAGUGAGGCAACCACAUAUAUAUAUUUUCACGAUUCUUAUUUUAUUAUUAGGUGUUUUUUAAUUACUCAGUGUUGUAAUGGAAAUUGCCGUUGGUUUCUGGGCGAGAAAUUUGAACGGAAGAUAUAUCUGACCUUUCCAUAUUAGGAAAGAUUAACGUCUGAAGAAAAAUCUCUUUAAGUUUCAAAUUUAGGGUUUUAUUUCCCAUCUCAAUUUGCAGUUCCUACCUCACUGAAAACGGUUUUGGUGUUAAUUCUGGAUUCCGACACUUUUGAUGCAUUGAGGAUUGAAUAGCAUGUAUUUGGGCAAUAUGGAUGAAGGGGAUGCGGAGGAUGUGGCUACGGUUAGUCAAGCAGAAGAUAUUCGAGCGCAAGGUAAAGAAAGUGAAAAUUUGAUGGAGAGAUGCAAUGUAUUGGAACCGCGGGAUAGGGUUAUACUCAGGGAAGGGGAAACUCGAAGGAGCUCAAUCCAGAAAUUUGUGGAUUUGUUAGGGGGAAAUGGGGUCAGUAGUGAUGUAAAUGUUGUGGAAAUGUCUCGAGAUCCAUGCACAAGUUUUCCUGAAAAUAGGGAGGUCAGUGUUCAGGAGUUAACCAUGGGAGAUUACAAUACUGGUUUUAGUACAAUGAAUGAGGGUGAGAUGAUGGAUACAAUUCUAAAUGAGUGGCAGCACGGGAAUCACCCCUCUGAAGCCGAAACUUCACAUGAGCAUUCAAUUCACAAGGAGAAGGACUCACCUAGGCAAGAUUUCAAUCUUAAUGCCAAUGUGAACCCUGAUGAGUCAACUCAGGAUGAUAGUGAUGCAGUUUUGCGGCAUGCCCUUUCAUCUGGGACCAUGAGAAUGAAGAUUUUAUCAAGAUCUUCUGAUUGUCCUGAAUACUUUGUAAAGAGUACACUAAAGGGUAAGGGGGUCGUACGCAGAGGCCCAGUUUCGGGCCAGAACCCUGUGAAAGCUAUUGCUACCCCUACAGCAGCCUCCAAUCCACCGGUAGAUAAUAUUGGACCGAAAUCUCUUCUUCCAUCUAAUGGUCGUGGAUCAGUGAAUGGGGGAGUUAAUUUUAGGGAGUGGAUGAGAUCAAGGCAGAAUAAACUGCAUAAAGUUGAUAGUCUGCAUGUUUUUAAGCAGAUAUUGGAUCUGGUGUAUUCUUUUCAUUCAGAUGGAAAGGUCUUGGUUGACUUACGGCCAUCUUGUUUCCAGCUGUUGCCAUCCAGAAAGAUCGAGUAUGUUGGGCGCACAUGUGCACCGGGGGAAAUGCAGGGAAGUGUUACGCGUAAGGAUGUUCUGAAGUCACAGGUUCUUAAAAGACCAUUAGAGCAGGGUAAUUAUUUGGGUGCGAAGCACCAGAAAUCCAUAGAUAAUGUGAACCUUUUCAAGAUGAAGUCACAGUUUCAAUUAGGAUAUGGUCCUAAACCAAUAACAAACAAAAUUGAUGACAAUGUUGCUGGUCCCGGAAAUUCUAAGACCCCAAGGAGACUACUUUUGCCACCCUCAGAGCAGCAUGCAUUUUCUGUAAAUGAACAGCAAGAAGAGAAUUGGUAUAGAAGUCCCGAGGAGCGCUUUGGCAAGGGUUGCACAUCUUCAUCAAACAUCUACAGUCUCGGGAUCUUCUUUUUCGAGUUACUUAGCAGUUUUGACUCCGUGAAAGUGCAAGCUACAGUGAUGUCGGAUCUGGGUCAUAGAAUUCUUCCGCCCAACUUUUUAUCAGAAAACCCAAAGGAAGCUGGGUUUUGUUUGUGGCUACUUCAUCCGGAACCUUCACUUCGGCCCACAGUCAGAAAUAUAUUACAAUCAGAAGUCGUCAGUGAAGUCGCGUUGUGUGGGGAUGAAAAAUUGUCAUCUGUUCAGCAUGAUGAAGGUGAAUCUGAUCUGUUAUUGCACUUUCUUUCGUCAGUGAAAGAACAGAAGCAAAAGCAUGCCUUGAAAUUGGUUGAAGAUCUUGGGUGCAUAGAUUCUGAUAUCAAAGAAUUGGAGAAGAGACACCGGCUGAAGAAAUCUGUAACUGUAGCUUGCUCAGGGGAGGAAUUUCUCAAUGCAAGAGAGAGAGGUUUCCUACACAAUGGAGAUGGGCAUUCUACCCCUGUCUCUAAUGGAGAAGACUCAAGGUUCUUGAAGAAUGUUUCUCAGCUUGAAAGUGCUUACUUUUCCGCACGAUCCCAAAUCCAUGUUUCUGUAAAUGAUUCUGUAGUUCGUGCAGACAAGGAUAUUCUUGAAAGUCGUGAGAAUUGGUUUUCAGAUCAACAUGAUGAAGAAAAACAGAAACCCUUGGAUGAUCGAGGAACUUUCUUUAAUGGUCUAUGCAAGUAUGCUCGUUACAGCAAGCUCAAACUUUGUGGAACUAUCAGAAAUAGGGAUAUAAUGACAAACUCUACUAAUGUUGUUUGCUCACUGAGUUUUGACCGGGAUGAGGACUACUUUGCUGCAGCCGGAGUAUCAAAGAAAAUAAAGAUUUAUGAUUUUCAGGCGGUUUAUGACAAUUGUGUUGACAUUCAUUAUCCAGUUACUGAGAUGUCAAACAAAUCAAAGCUCAGUUGUGUCUGCUGGAACAAUUAUAUCAAAAAUUAUUUAGCUUCAACAGAUUACGAUGGUAUUGUCAAGUUAUGGGAUGCAAGUACUGGUCAAGAGUUUUCUCGGCAUACCGAACAUGAGAAAAGAGCAUGGUCUGUUGACUUUUCUUUGCUGGAUCCUAUGAAAUUGGCUACUGGAAGUGAUGACUGCUCUGUAAAAUUGUGGAGCAUCAAUGAGAGAAAUAGUUUGCAUACAAUCCGGAACAUUGCAAAUGUGUGCUGUGUUCAAUUUUCUCCGCACUCAUCCCAUCUGCUGGCCUUUGGGUCUGCUGAUUACAAGAUAUAUUGUUACGAUCUCCGCAAAGCUAAUGCUCCAUGGUCUGUAUUGGCUGGUCAUGAGAAAGCUGUCAGUUAUGUGAAGUUUAUUGACUCGGCAACCCUUGUGUCUGCAUCUACGGAUAACACAUUGAAGCUUUGGGACCUUAGCAAAUCUAGUUCUGUUGGUUUGUCCAACAGUGCUUGCAGCUUAACCCUCGGUGGCCAUAAGAAUGAGAAGAAUUUCGUGGGCUUGUCUGUUGGUGAUGGGUACAUAGCUUGUGGUUCAGAAACCAAUGAGGUUUAUACUUAUUAUAAUUCUCUUCCUAUGCCAAUUACCUCUCACAAGUUUGGCUCAAUCGAUCCAAUAUCUGGAAAAGAGACUGAUGAUAGCAACGGGCAGUUUGUUUCUAGUGUGUGCUGGAAAGGGGAAUCUAACGUGAUUGUUGCUGCCAACUCCAGUGGGUGCAUAAAAGUAUUAGAGAUGGUUUGAGGAUUCUCAACUAUAGAACCAAUGCAGAAUCUAGCAUGUCUUCGGAGUCCAUUUUGUUCUGUAUUUGAGUGCUUUGGUGGCUGUUGUUUUGGAGUUUGAUUUGAUAUGAUUAUGCACCCUUUAUUCAUGAAGGGUGUGGCUUCCACAAUGUUGCAUUUGGCCUAAGUGACAAAAAUUCCGUGCUGCAGCUCUGGGGAUCGGUUAUCAGUGAACUUAUGCACUGAUUCUUGAUAUUCUCUAGCUGAAUGCAUGUAAUUCACAGUCCCUCUCAACCGGUAGGGCCGGUGAUAAUAGAUUCUCGGCUGAAGGAUGUCUCAGUGAAUGAAAUGAAGUUAUUGUUAUGAAAUGCCUGCAUUGAGGAGAGAUGGAAGAGAGAGCAUCUUUCUAUAUGCUUGAGCUUGAUUUCAUGUUGAUCAGUCCUGGAUGCUCAGGUGUACAUUUGAUUCUGACUCAGUCUGCUUAGAUAGCGUGGCUGAGAUUUGGAGGAUUCUUCUUUCAGAACAUUCAGAUACCAGAUUGAUGAGAGAAGCUAUAUAAUUCAUUUAGAAGGCUUUACCAGAAGGUAAUCAAAACAACAGAACUGCCUUCUUCAAACUGCAUGUGCAAUUAACGAGGAAUUCGAACAUAUGGAGUAGCUGUGUUGUUUAUAUCGCUUAUGCUUGUACUCCCUCUGUCCCUUAAUACUCGCACCGUUUUGACUUUUUGCACUAUUCACAUAAUUCACUUUGAUCCUAUUUUAUUUCUAGUAUAUAAAAAAAAUGUUAGUAUAUAAUAUAGUGUUGGCUUCAUCUUAAUAUAUAUUUUCAAAAUAUUAAAUUUUUAUAAGUUUUUAUAAUAUGUAGUUAAAGAUAUUGGUGGUCAAAGUUGUGCAUCGGCAUGCGUGUCCAGUCAAAACGGUGCGAGUAUUAAGGGACGGAGGGAGUAUAAAAAAGUGGGAUUUUGGCGAACAUAUACUUCGUAGUGCUUAAUCAUCAUUGUCAUUCGCAAUGUACUUAGAGAAGCAAGAGCUCAACUGAGUGUUGUACAGCGAGUAGAUUCUCAGAUGUGUAUUACUUGUAAAUUUGUCAUGCUACCUUGAUUCCUCCUCUACUGUAAAGUGUAAACGGUGAACCCCUCGUUAUUCUUGCAGAUGGGCUAACAUAAUGUAUCUUUUUUCUUACAUUUUUGAAACAAAAUUUGGUGUGUUGUGUA